AUGCUACCCUGGUAUGUGGCAAUCCAAGAGGACCAUGAACAUCUAGAAGUUAAUGAAGCUGGUACAUGGUUCCAGCUCUCCACUGCAUAUAGAGAUCUAGUUCCAGGGCCUUCAUCUCCAUCUGGCCAUUCAAAUCAUUACACAUUGGUUCCAUAUCAAUUCCCUACUGCUAUUCAAUUACAAGGCUUAGGAGCUAUAUUGGAUGCCCUGGUAGAACAAAUUAGAUGGGACAACCCCAUGGUAAUUAAGGAACUUGAUAUUCUCUUUAGCCCUGAUGACAAAAAGACUCAGGACUUCAUUAAUAACUGGUGCCUAAAGGCCACACAAAUUGCUCUGGAUACUAUUGUCAAGACUUACCAAAUUAAAAAGAAAGCUUUUGGUAAUAAAUCCUAUUGGCAUUGCAUGCACAACAACAUUGACCCAGUGUCAGUUCAGCCUUCUCCUCCUCCCAAGAACUUGGUGGAAGAAGAGGAUCAUGGUGAUCACUAUUAG